AAUUUUUUGGGACUUUUUGAACAUUUCUGAGCAGCAUGUUUUCUGUCAUGCUGUAUAUUUACGUUUCACAUUUUACUUGUUGUUGUUGUUGUUUGCUGUUUCUGCUCCACAGUGCAGCUUACACAGUUUUUGGUUUUAUUUCUAUUUUAUUUUUAAGACUCAUUCGUGACAUUAGAAAAUAAAAAAUAGAUUCAUUGCACAGAUUACACAGAAUCCAUUACAUUUGUUUUUAUCCAUGUGUGCAUGUGUUCAGUGUUUGAGUGUGCAGAUGGCAGCUCACAGGAACUUUUUCUACUUUUUAAAAAAGAAUAAUCUCUUACAUUAGAGUCCUGUGUAUCCGUGUCUGAAUGUGUGUGCAUGCACGCAUGCUGCUACAACAUGUGUUUCAUUGUGUGUGUUUGCGUGUGAGUGUGUUUAUGUUGAGUCCAUGUCCAAGUACAAAAUGACUGACAGAUGGAUUAAAGCAAAAAACUGAGGCCACGGGCAACAUCAUGCACCCCUCCUCGCUAAUUCCCAUCACCCCCCCUCUUUUUUCUUUGCACUCCAUUCUCGUUCACCUUCUCAUCAGCCCCCUCCUCACCUCCAUCCGUCUCCUCAUCCUUCCUCACCUCCCAUGCUCUGCUCAUCUUGCCCUGUCCAAGACGAGGCCCCCGAGGAAAUUCACUGCAAGCCCUCUUUUCUCUCUCUUCUUGAGAAUUAACUCCACACACACUCCUCCGCCACCAGGGCUGCCAAGAAACCUCACACACAUCUACUCCCUCAACUCCCCUCUCGCUGUUAUCCUCCUGCUCGAGAAGCAGGACCCGCACGAGACGGAGGAAAAAAAAAAAAAAAAAAAAAAGGCAACAAGACCCCAAAAGAACCCACCUUCACUGACUUUCUUUUUUUUUCUUCUCUCCUCCUUCACACUCCCACAUCCCUCCUGCCCUCCCUCUCUCUGUCUCUCCCUCUCUCUGUCUAAGUCCAAGGAGGCAGAGUUGGAUGUGAGAGGCAGUGAGUGUGACACAGUCCCACAAGAGCCCAGCACAGACCCGGAGCCGCCCAGGCCACCUCCAGCUAAGGCUAACGGACCCAACGGCACCGCUGGCGUUUGCACGAGCAUCCCCUCCAGUAGCCACAGUAGCAGCACCACCAGCAACAGCAGCAGCAGCAGCAGCAGCAGCAGCAGCAGCAGAAGUGGUCUGGGUGGCAUUAGCAUCGUUAGCAGCAGUGCUGAGGGAGCAGGCGAAAGCUCCAUGCAGUUCAGCACCAGACCGCCUAGUGCUGAGCAGCCGGGCUUCAUGGGGACAUGGCAGCAGCAGAGCACUGACAGCAACCUCCUCUACAGAAUGUCCCAGCAGGGUGCUGUAACGCGGCUUCCUUUGAAGUGCGACAGGUCGACUAUGGGCCGAGACCUGGAAGAGGCCAUUCGCUGCACACUGGUGAACUGCACAUGUGAGUGUUUCCAGCCAGGGAAGAUUCACCUACGAACAUGUGACCAGUGCAAACAUGGCUGGGUAGCUCACGCUCUGGACAAGCUGAGCACCCAGCACCUGUACCACCCGACCCAGGUGGAGAUCGUUCAGUCCAAUGUGGUGUUCGACAUCAGCAGCCUGAUGCUGUACGGCACCCAGGCGGUGCCUGUCAGGCUCAAGAUCCUUCUUGACCGCCUCUUCUCCGUGCUGAAGCAGGAAGAGGUGCUGCACAUCCUGCACGGCCUGGGCUGGACCCUCCGAGACUACGUCAGGGGCUACAUACUGCAGGAUGCUGCAGGCAAGGUGCUAGACCGCUGGACCAUCAUGUCCCGAGAAGAGGAGAUCAUCACCCUGCAGCAGUUCUUGCGCUUUGGUGAGACCAAGUCCAUUGUGGAGCUGAUGGCCAUUCAGGAGAAGGAGGGUCAGGCAGUAACAGUUCCCUCCUCCAAGACAGACUCCGGAAUUAGGACAUUCAUUGAAAGCAACAACAGGACCCGCAGCCCAGGGCUCCUGACACAUCUGGAAAACAGUAGCCCAUCCAGCAUUCACCAUUUUGAGAAUAUUCCCAACAGCUUAGCCUUCCUUCUGCCCUUCCAGUACAUCAACCCAGUCUCUGCCCCCAUGCUCGGCUUGCCCCCCAAUGGCCUGCCUAUGGAGCAGUCUGGUCUCCGACUCCGGGAGCCCAGCUUGCCAAAUCAAGGCGAACAGGUGGAGACCAGUGAGUCAGAAGUGUCCCUGUCACCCUUCCGUACAGGCCAGAGCCCUAGCCGUGGAGCCCUGGGAGGCAUCAACAACAACAUUGAACCCAAGACAGAGCCCAACAACAGGGCAUCACCCAUCUCACCAACACCUUCCACCCAGCAGGCUCAACAACAGCAGCAACAGCAGACACAGCUCCAGCAGCAACAGCAGCAGGGCCAACAGCAGUCCCAAAAUCAACCUCAGCAAACCAACAGCUUGAGUGACCACCAGGUCCACCACCACUUUGUUAAGGACGAGCACUCUAAAACCAUCAGUCAUGCUUCCUUUUCCUCCAAGAUGCAUCGCAUGCGCCGCAUGGGUUCCACCUCAAGGAAGGGUCGCGUUUGCUGCAACUCUUGUGGCAAAACCUUUUAUGACAAAGGCACACUUAAGAUACAUUAUAAUGCUGUGCACUUGAAGAUCAAACACCGUUGCACCAUUGAGGGUUGCAAUAUGGUCUUCAGUUCACUACGCAGCCGCAACCGCCACAGUGCCAAUCCCAAUCCACGGUUGCACAUGCCCAUGCUGCGCAAUAACCGAGACAAGGACCUCAUCCGUGCCAAUUCAACCCCUGGUACACCUGUCAUCUCAAGCACCAAGAAUGGUGGCUUCACACUCACCAGCCCUGGAAGGCCACCACUGGGCUUCACUACUCCACCGGUAGACCCAAUGCUUCAGUCACCCCUGCAAAGCCCGCUGGUGUUCCCCACCCUGAAAUCAGUGCAACCAGUCCAGCCAGUGCCCCCAUUCUACCGUACACUACUGUCCCCUGCGGACCUUGUCAGUCCUCCAGUGUCACUGCCCACCAGCCCCAUCCUGCCCACCACCACCAACAGUACCACCCUAAUGGACCAACAUCAUAUCAUGGCUGCUGCAGCUGUGGCUUCACAUAAUAAUAUUCAUAUGUCAGAGGCAGGACACAUGCCCAACCGCUUACAUACACACAGUGCCAAUCACGACCUCUCCACUGGCAGCAUAGACCCCACGCCCAAAAAGAAGCCUCGUAAGUCUAGCAUGCCAGUGAAGAUUGAGAAGGAAGUAAUUGAUGUGGCAGAUGAAUACGAGGACAAAGACGAUGACGACGACGAUAACCUUCACCAUAAUCACCACCACCACCAGUCAUCACUUCUUCACAACAAUAUCAAAAUGAAUGGUAAUUGUAACAGCAACAACAACAGUGGCAAUGGUAAUGGAAACCACAGUGGUGGUAGUGGGCAGCAAUCCCCUUCCCAGGAUGAGAUGAGCCCUGGCCUAGCUCUGAGAGGCAUGAUGAGACAGAGUGAAGAUGAAUGCCGGGAAGGGACCGGUAGUGACAGCAGGGGUGGAAAUGAUCUUCAAGGCUCUGGCGAGCUACGUUGUAUGGACAGCUUCACCUCUGAGGACCAGGAUCAUGAGAGAGACUUUGAGAAUGAGUCUGAAACCUCUGAUUCCAAAAUGUUCUACCGCGACGAGCUGAUAGAUGUGGAGGAACAGCAAAAACACAUGAGGGGUGGAAGGGGUCUGGUCAAGGAACACGACGAUGAGAAUGGUGAGGAAUCCCAUUUGAGAAAGGAAAUGGAAGGCAAGGGUCAUUCCUCACCCUCCCCUCAUCAGCCCCCUAUCAAGAUAAAGGAAGAACUCAACGAUCCUACUUACGACAUGUUCUGCAUGGGCCAGUACGGCCUCUACAACGGAGGCAUGGCCGCAGCUGCUGCCGCUGCUGCAAGCAUGGCUGCUCUGCAUGAGAGCUUCAUCUCUUCAAUGAGCUACGGUGCAAGCCCACCCAAAUUCCCUUCUUCUCAAUCACCAGAGGGAGACCCAUGCUCAAGUCCUGACCCCAAGAUCUGCUAUGUGUGUAAGAAGAGCUUCAAGAGCUCCUAUAGCAUGAAACUGCACUACAAGAAUGUGCACCUCAAAGAGAUGCAUGUGUGCACUGUGGCUGGCUGCAACGCUGCCUUCCCUUCCCGGAGGAGCCGAGACAGGCACAGCUCCAACAUCAACCUGCACCGCAAACUGCUGACCAAAGAGCUGGACGACAUUGUCCUGGACCCCCAACUCACGCCACUGCCCAAGGACCUGCGAGCCGAGUUACUGGCCAAGAUCUAUGCCGGGCACCACAUGGGCUUGGACCCUAUGGCCGGGAUGGGCAUCGGAGGCGGCAGCCUCGGGCCCACUGGCCUGAACCACAGUGUCCGUUCCCCCAUGAGCAUCGAGUAUCCCCACCACCCUCUCAACCAAAACCUUAGAAACCACCACACCAACGGCUUCUCCCGGGGCCAGCCAGACGACUACAUGGUGUUGGACCUGAGCACCACAUCCAGUGUUCAAUCCAGCAGCAGUGUCCACUCCUCACACGAGUCAGAUGAGGGCAGCGAUGAAGGCAUGCUAUUGGAUGACCUGGAGGAGGAGGAGGAGGGAGAAGAGGAUGAGGAGAGGGGCAACAGUGAGGGGGAGGACUGCUCCCAGCGUGCCGAGGGGCGGGCUGAAAGGGGGCAUCAAGAUGAGACUGGAGAACUAAGAGGAGAAGGGCAUGGUGAGGGUAUGGAAACUUCCUCCUCACCUUUCCUCCUUUCGUCUACCGGGGGCAGUAACUGUGGCAGCAGUGGGAUCCUCUGCAACAUCUGCCACAAAAUGUACAGCAACAAAGGGACCCUGCGCGUGCACUACAAGACUGUGCACCUGCGCGAGAUGCACAAGUGCAAAAUCCCCGGUUGCAACAUGGUGUUCAGCUCUGUGCGCAGCCGUAACCGACACUCUCAGAACCCCAACCUCCAUAAAAACAUGCCCUUCUCUACAAUAAUAGACUAAAUAAUGACUUGCUACUCUACCCUGCUGUCAGUCUGCCCGCUCCUCCCUUCAUUCCUCAUCCUUAUUCCUCCUCAAAUUAGCUUUUAACCCCAGCCCAGGGCCAUCAAAUACAAGCUAAACGCCUGUAUGCCUCCUGCCCGUCCUCUGUAAGUCAUUGCAAGACAUUUCUGUGUCCCUCUAUAAAAUUCAUUGACUCUAAAUACAGUUUAUUAUUGUGACCUUUGACUUUUCCUCCUUUGGAAGAACAGGAUGACGCCCUUGAUCGUGGAGUUUGCUUUAUAACAAAACUCCAGUUUUUUUUUUUCAUAAGCCCCUCCAUCUUUCCUUUCAAACGUCUCCCCCACUUUUGUUUUUAUGUCCGUCUCCAAAGAAUCUAUUCAAACUCUUAUUUGUGACUUUGCCUGCAGAAAUGAUAGUAUUGAAAAAAAAAAAGAAAAAAGAAAAAGAAAAUCUUCUUGUUGUAUUUGUGUAAUGAUAGCUUUUAAAUGAACCCCUUACAAAAAGCAUGACAGCUUCAUUUGUAAAUAAUGUCCCAAGAGGCUUUUGGUGUAAAAAGAGUUGUGUUGAUGGUUGUUUGCUUCUUUUUUCUCUCUCUUUAUGGUUUUAUGUUACAGUCCAGUACAAUACUUCCAGCUAUAGGCAAGACAGAGGUAGCAUCUUACUAGCUUGACUCAUUUAUGUUAGCUUCAAAGACACGUUUUAAACUGAGUCCUAGGGAAAAAAAAGAAUAUCAUGUGGCUUGUUUUAUCUACUUGUUAGAUAUUCAGAGGUUGCCGGCAUGCUUUUUUAGGCUCCUACACUGAUAUCAUUCUCUGUAUUUCUAUUGAUUUUUUUUUUUUUUUGUCUGUUAUGUUUAUGAGCUUAAGUAUACCAAUUCAGUUUUUGCACUUUGCAUCUAUACAAGGGGAUGUGUAAUAUUAUUAUAAUGAGGACUUUUGCAAUGGUAAGUUUAGGUGUUGUUUGGGGUCAUUGAUGGCUACAGUUCCAAGGGAAAUGACAGUACCUUCAAAAUACUUGUGCCAGUUUCUUUUUUGCACGUGCUCCGUUUCAAACACAGUUUGACGACAGGAAACAUCAUGCCUGCCUGAACAAAACCUGAGAUCCCCCACCCCCCAUCUCUAAACAACAUAUUCAGAAAGAGUCUCCAAAGUGUCUCGCUUAAAAAAAAACGAAUCCUGGUGCGACUGAGUAUAAACUGCUGUUUCACAAACACGGAGGUGUUACAUAUUGAUAAAGUCUCUCCCUCCUCCUUUUUGUUUAAGGAGUAAAUUGUGUACGGUUGCCAGUUAUGAUCACGACAGUAACUUCAGAGGUUUUAGUGGGGGGUAAUCUGUGUAAAGCAUGACAUUAUUGUGACAUUGUCAAACAAAGUUAUCAAUGCAAGAAAUCAUGGUAGGCAUCUUAACGAAAUGACUUGUCCCGUAGGUUUGAAAAAAAAAGAAAAGAAAAAACGAGAAAAAAGAUGAAAAUAGUCCUUCAACUGUGACCAAAACAAAAGUGUUUGCGUAAGAAAAAAACAUUUCAGUGUGACAUUGUACUUAAAUCAUGCCCCAUUGGAUUAAUAUGAUGCACUUGAGUCUUAAAUCUUUUGCUGUGAUAUUUUCGGUAUCGGUUUCCAUUGCUGAGUGUCGGCUACAAAUGUACUCUCUGAAAAAUGUUGCCAUUUUCCUGCCUGUUAGUUGCAGCCGUUUUUUUUUUUUUAAACAUGUCCAUGACUGUCUCACGGUACAAAUAUUUCCAGUAACUGGGCAAAAGUAGCCAAGGGAAGGGGUAUUUAUUGGUGGGUGAUGUAUCUUCAUGGAGAUGUUUUUGUCCAGUAUAAGAAUAUCUUUUGUAAAAAGACAAAAAAAUACAGAUUGUUCCUCAGUUUGACUUCUUUAUCAAUGUAUUAGCAAUGCCAUGUGUUACUAUACAAGGAGAUCUUCUCUUACUUGACUGGUGCUACACACAGAGGGAAAAAUAUGCAGUGUUAUGUGGUGUGCUGUACAGUAUUCACAAUCCUUACAUCCAUAACAGUGUGACUUCCAUUUGUUUCAUACUUUAGGCCAUUUUGCAAUAUAGACAUGACCUAUUCUAGUGAAAUAUUUCAUGUCCUUUUUUUUUUUUUUUUUUUUUAAGACUCCACCUAUAUGACACGUGCAGUUUUCAGUCCUCUCUUCUCCGAGCUAAAGCGAGCGAGACAAGAGAGCUGAGGCUGAUGGAAAGGUUGCGGAGGUGGAAGGCUGACUAGGGAGGAAAGGAUGACAGCAACGAUCAUUAAAAAUGUGCUGCUUCUCCGUUACCUGGAGGCGUCCCUGCCAUUCCAGCUUCUUCUGUCUAAUAACUCACUUGUCACUUCGUUACACUGCCAGACGCCAAGGUUGCUGACAAGACUGUGACACUGACAGAAAGAGGGAGAAAGAAAAAAAAGAGAAGGAACGAGAUUGUGCGCUCUGAACAAUUCAAUUUGACUCAUUCAAUUUAGCCAAAUUCAAUUCAUCUAUUCAUUUUCUGCGUGUGCUUAUUCUUAUUCAGGGUCACUGAUAAUUUAAUUCAAUUUCUCCCUCUCAUUCUUUUUUUUCCCUCUCUUUGUCUGUCAGAGCACAGUCAUUUAACAACCGCCUUACCCAUUUCUUCAACCCGCCACUCACUUACCACCUCCACACCCCACAGCGCAGGUCCUACAGGGACACACACUAAUAGUGUAUGCUUAAGUUCACCGGACGGCCAUGGCAUAGGAAAAAGGGAUGGGUAAUUGCCUGUUUAUCCCAAGUGAAGGGAAAAUUGAGUACAGGAACCCCUGCCUUCUCCCAGGAGUGGGCUUCACUGAGGCGCUUGCUGCCUCAUUCACUCAUUCAAUCCCCCCGGCCCUCGCUCUGGCAGAAAUAAAAAAAAAAAGUGCUACUCCAGGAACCCUGCUGACAGCUGUCUCUCUAACACACAACCAUACAAAUGCACACGCACACAGUGAGGAGAGUGGCGCACACUCACAUAUGCUUCCUACUUACAGGCCAGAAGGAUGACAAGAACUAGAUGACUUGUUAACCUCUAGUGAUGGAGGAGACAGGGGCAGAGGAAAAUAGAGAAUAUUCCCACUGCAGGAAAUGAAACUCUCCAUCUACCAUUAACAUUAGAGCUGCUGCCACGACAUAAAAAAACUAACAUCCCAUUACGGAGAGUGGCGUGAGCUAGCAUUGAGCCAGGCGUGGUAAAGUCCAGAUGUCUUAUUUUUAUUAUUUAAUUUGAAUAUCUUAACAUAUGGAACAGCUAAUGAUUUGAGACGUUUAAGAAGACAGUGACUAAUUAAUAAAAUUGACGAACUCUCCAGAAUUAAGGGAGCUGUAGGUACGUUCUCUUCUUGAUCUGAGAAAAACAAGUUUAGAGUCCAACAAAUUCUUUGUGUCCUGUUCCAUGCUGCCCGUUUCUCAGGCAGCAGCUGCAGUGCAUGACCUCUCUAGAAGUAUACUGAAUAUCACAGAAGAGAUUCUCUUACAACACCCUUCUCCUACCUCCUACAGGCUGCCUCUGAGCUCUGCAUGGUGCUGGUCAUGCCAGUAGAGCCCAGAGCUGCAAGAAGAAGAAACGACAGUCUAGCAUAGCCAGGCAGACAGACGGGCCAAAGAAAGAGAGAGAGCGAGAGAGAGGGAAGGGAGAGAUGGUGGAAAGGGAUUGGGCUUAGAAAGUGGUCUGGCUGGAGCCUUGCGGCGGUCACUUAACAAGGCAGGGGAGAAAGCGAGGAAGACAGGGAGCGGAAAGAGCAAGAGAGCAGCAGGGCCAGGACUCCCCUGGACUCAUCGCCAGCUUCCUCCUGAUUGCCUUGCUGGAGAGCGAUGGAGCCACCCCUCACAUUUCCACCCCUCUCCCUCACAUCUCUCCCUCUCCUCUGAGAAAUGACCACCAAUUUCCGCAUCUCCUCUGAGAAAGCCCCCAAUCCAAUCUUUUUUUUUUUUUUUUUUUUUAUUUAAACUUCUCCAUCCACAUGGGCCCAGGUGCAUUCUGCUACCUAGUGACCGAGCUAUAGAUCCACAGGAACACGUCACUUAGGGCGCCUCUUUGGCCCAGGCCACUGAAGUGAAUCUUUAAUAUUUGAUUAGACGGGCGUCAGGCAUCAAUAAUUCUGUAAUUCUACAUAGCACGCAGAGGGCUAUACGGGAUGGCAAACGGUUAAAGCGGCUGACCUGUUAAUCACUGUCCUUUUUGUUCACGUCACAGCGUGAGUACAAUAGGUGUAAGCAGGGAGGAUGAGAGGUGACACCACAUGCAAACUUGUCCAGUUAAUGUAGCUCAUGGAACAAAGUGGGAUUAAAUUGUUUGAUGGGACAUCAUUAGAAAUAUGCAGAUAGACGGAAAAAAAAAUACACACAUAUGUGGGUUUGUAUAGAUGCUUCAGUCUCAUGUGUUUUGUUAGAAAAAGAAAUACCCUCAUUAAUUUGAACUGGAACCUGUGAAAUGUCAUUGAUCCUGAAAAAAAAAAAAAUACUGUAAAUUCAUAAUGUUUUCCAUUGUGCCAAUUAUAUUUUACAGUCUUAAAAUAUAAAUAAGCUUGAAGACCUGGUGAAUUUAGAUUUUCUUUUUGUUUCUACACGUGUUUUUGUGUAUCCGAUGCAUUUGGGUCUGUGUCUUAAAAAAGCCUGUGUUAUGGCACCGGCACUCAACAGCGUUGCAUGGCUACAUAGUCGCACUGCAAAGAACAACACUUUGGUGUCAAAAUGGUGAUUUGGAAGCCUCAUGAAUACUAUAUGUUACCUAAACAGGUGUUUCCCAUUUGCAGACGGGAGGAAAAAAAAUGGUCCUCUUUUUAAAAAGACUCUUGUUUCUGUUUUGUUUCUUUCUUUUUUUGCCUUUCUUGUAUUUGUUUCUGUAUCAUAACUGUCUAUGGUUUUUGCAUAAAAUGCAUAAGGGUUUUGGGAUGUAAAUGGAAUUUUAUUCAUAUUUUGUCCAAAUACCUCUUGUAAUUUGUAUCAGAAUUCUUGUACAAUUUUUAUAUUAAAGAUUUAUCAGUCA